AAGUGCUUCUCUUUAAUCAAUUUUGUAUCCAGCUGCCUUUGAUUUGUGGAACCUAUUAUUUUACAGAGUAUUUCAAUAUUCCCUAUGAUUGGGAAAGAAUGCCAAGAUGGCAAGAUGGUACAUGCUUUUGCUAAGAUGCUUUGGCUGUGCCAUGAUUGAGGGUACCUUGCACUAUUUCCUGCACAGACUCUUACACCACAAAAGAAUAUAUAAAUAUAUUCAUAAAAUUCAUCAUGAGUUUCAGGCUCCAUUUGGAAUUGAGACUGAAUAUGUACAUCCUCUGGAAAUCCUAAUUUUUGGAACUGGAUAUAUCAUUGGAGUCAUGCUAUUAUUUGAUCAUAUAAUUUUUCUUUGGGCAUGGGUGACCUUUCGUUUGAUAGGAGCUAUUGAUACCCACAGUGGUUAUGAUAUUCCUCUCAACCCUUUAAACCUCAUCCCUUUCUACGCUGGUUCAUGGCAUCAUGAUUUCCACCACAUGAACUUCACUGGAAACUAUGCUUCGACUUUUACAUGGUGGGAUAGAAUUUUUGGAACAGACUCAGUUUAAUGCCUACACUGAAAAGAUAAAGAAAUGGGAGAAAAAGACUGAGUGAACCUUUCCUCUAAACCCUCUUGAAGAUAUACAUUUUCCUGGAUUGAAACUAGUAGUAACAUUGCAUCUGGGAGCAGAAAUAAGCACGUAUCUUGGCUGCAUGGUGAUAAAAAGGACAUUAAUAACCUUUAAUUAUCUUCUUAGUGGGAACAUUUUCUGCUUUACGUACAAGUCCUAUUUCUGUACAAAUAAAUACAUAUUUAAGUGUGGCUUUCAUGAGGAAAUCUUAAAUGCCAUUUUGCUAACCUUACAAAAAAGGUUUUAAGUACUGGAAGAAGUAUUUAUCUUUUUCCCCCAGGAAUACCAUAGGUCUUAAGUUGAAAUUGGUCUUUAAAUUUUUUAAAUAUGCAGUGCCCAUAUCAGAAAGCUCUUAAUCGUGGUGUUGGCCUCAGAUUGAACUCUAGACUUUUGGAAGAAUUUGCCCUUUCAAAGAAUCCCUCUGUCCUCAGCCACAUGCCCACUCACCCAAAUCCUCCACAGUAUCUGAAAAGUCCAGAGCCUCUUCUUUUCAAUUUCUAUUCAUAGGGUUUUCAGUGGCUGAUUUUUCCCAAUUGCCAGGCCUUUCUUGUAAGGUGACUUUGGGUGGACUUGAUCCUCCAAACUUUUGGUUAGCAGCUGAUCAUGUUACCCAUUGGUACCAUAUCUUAAUCAGUUUCCCAUUCCUCACUGACCACAUCUACCCAAUAAGUAACUACCA